CCCAGAAAUAUAAACUGUGCGCUACGCCCUAAAAAUGUUUUAUCAUAUUAAGUUGGAACACGAAAUAUUGUUGCAUCCAAAGUAUUUUGGACCAAAUCUUACAGAAACGGUUAAGACAAAGUUGUUUUCAGAUGUUGAGGGCACAUGCUCUGGGAAGUAUGGUUUUAUCAUUGCUGUUACAAAUAUAGAGCAUAUUGGUGCUGGAAUUAUACAGCCUAACAGGGGAUUUGUGCAAUAUCGGAUAGUAUACCGCGCCAUCGUUUACAGGCCAUUUAAAGGCGAAGUUGUGGACGGUAUUGUUACCCAGGUGACUAAAGUCGGAGUGUUCGCUGAAGCCGGUCCCUUAACCAUUUUUAUUUCCAAAUAUUCUGUCCCAUCCAAUAUUAAAUUUGAAGGUGCAGAGAUCACUGCAGACGGUCUUAAUGAAGAUGAAGAAGAAGAGAACCAGACGGUGCAGAUUGAAGAUCGUAUUAGAAUUCGAAUUAUUGGUCUGCGCGUUGAUGCCAGCGACAUUUUCGCUGUGGGAACCCUAAUGGAUGAUUAUCUCGGUCCUUGUACUUAAUUAUUGAGUUGUCGAGAUGCACUGAAUAUUUUAUUAUUAUUAUUAUUAUUAUUAUUUUGUAUUUAAAAUAACAAAUUAUCUUUCCGUGAAAAUGCGUUACCUCAAUUUCUUGUAUAUACACAUUUCCUGUACAAAUAUAAAUGAUGUUUGUAA